CCUCAACUUCCAUACUCCCAAAACCCCUCCAGUGUUAUCCUAAAUCCGCGGUGUGACUUCUGCCACAUUAAAAACCGGAUAACAUGGGGUGUUGACGAAGAAUUUGGGGACAGAGGAUUUAUAUCCAUUGCCACAAAGAUGAUCCACAUGUAGCAGAAGAAUCCAGAAGAGCUUCAGCAGAGCAGCAGAAAUGUCUCCCAAGGUGCCCAGUGGCCAAGGCAGAGGGGAUUACUCUGCAGUACAAGUAGCUGUUCGAGUGCGUCCCCUGCUGCCCAAAGAGCUUCUACACUGCCACGAGAGCUGCAUCACCGUGGACUCGGAGCUGUGUCGUGUUACUCUGGGCCAUGACCGACACUUUCUUUGUGACUACCUAUUUGAAGAAACUUGCUGCCAAGACGAUGUUUACACUUUGUCUGUUCAGCCUCUCAUUGAUGCCUUCUUUCAAGGUUUCAAUGCCACAGUGUUUGCUUAUGGGCAGACAGGCUCAGGCAAGACUUACACCAUUGGGGAAGCUAAUAUUUGUUCCUUUAGAGAUGAGGAGCAGGGUAUCAUCCCCAGGGCUGUUGCAGAUAUCUUCAAGCUGCUGGAUGAAAAUGACCUCACAGACUUCUCUGUCCGGGUCUCUUAUCUGGAGGUCUACAAAGAGGAGUUCAAGGACUUGCUGGAAGUGGAGACUGCCAGCAAGGACAUCCUCAUCCGGGAGGAUAAAGGCAACAUUGUGCUUUGUGGCGUGAAGGAGUGCGAGGUGGAGGGUCUUGAUGAGGUGUUGAGUUUACUAGAGUCAGGAAACACAGCCAGGCACACUGGUGCAACCCAGAUGAAUCAGAACUCCAGCCGGUCACACACCAUUUUUACCGUGUAUAUGGACCAGCGCCGGGGAGCCUCUCGCCUUUAUGGGACAGCUGCAAAUUCUGGACCGCAAAUGUUGUCUUCCAAGUUCCACUUUGUUGACCUUGCGGGGUCAGAGCGCAUCUUAAAGACGGGAAACACCGGCGAGAGACUUAAAGAGAGUAUCCAGAUUAACAGCGGACUUCUGGCUCUGGGGAAUGUUAUCGGGGCACUGGGAGACCCCAAGAGGAAAGGCUCGCACAUACCAUACAGGGAUUCUAAAAUCACAAGGAUCCUAAAAGACUCUUUGGGAGGAAAUUCAAAAACCCUGAUGAUUGCCUGCAUCAGCCCAUCUUCAUCAGACUUCGAUGAGAGCCUGAAUACACUAAACUAUGCCACAAGGGCCAGAAACAUUCAGAACCGGGCGACGGUUAACUGCAAGCGUGAGCCAGAUCGGGUGGAGGGGCUGGAGCAACAAAUUAAAGCCCUUCGCAGAGCCCUCGAAAACCGCCAGCGCUCAGAGACCCGUAUCAUUUCUCACGCUGAUCCAAACAGGAGACCUCGACUUGGAGAGGGAGAGAUCAGCAGACUGCAGGCUCAGAGCGCCCACUACAGGACGUGCACGGACACUGCUUACAGGUUGCUGCGGGAGCUGCAGAGUGAAGGGGCACUGACUGCAGAGCAUAGUCUGAGAGUGAAGGAGUGGCUGUGCUCAGUGGAAGAGGAGCGAAGCGGACUGACCACGGCCUCCGGACCUGACAGUGGCAUCGAGAACAGCUCCACUGAAGACAGUGUUGGGUUGAGGAGAGGAAGGCCCUCUGUGAGGAACCAGGAUCCAGAGGCUGCGGAGGAGAGGUGGAGCCUUGAGCAUGGAGAGAAGGAAGACAGUAUAGAUAUGCUUCAAGCACAGAUUCAGCGUCUGGAGGGAGAGAACACAGACUUUUUAGCUGCUCUGGAGGACGCUAUGGAGCAAUACAAGCAGCAGAGUGAUAAGCUGCAGGAGCAACAGGACUUGAUAGCAGAGCUGCAGUGUCUGCUGUCCACUCCAGGGCUGACAGGCCUGGGCCAUAACCUGAGACCCCGGCCUCACACAGCCCCUAUCGGCUCCCUGGUUCACAGUCAAAACGGAGGCACACACAGACAGGUCAGUCCAGUUGGCUAUCUUGGAAAUGGGCUGUAUGGUGAUCAGGAUGUUAGCCUGUAUGAGGAGCAGGAGAACCUAAGAGGAGCAGAUAUUCUGGACUCAGAAGAAGAACAAGAGGGCAGACUUUACAUCCUCAGCCAGGAAAGACGCAAACAGGUGAACAUGACCUGGACCAGGAGGGAUGCGCUGUCCGGAGCACCAGCAGUCGGUGUUAGAGGUCUUAUCUCUCUACCUUACCAAGACCAGCACCGAUGUUUAGCCAGAAAAGCAUCCAACUCCAGUUCUGGGGAGACAUCUGUGCGUGAAAGUCUGAAAAGUUUUGAAGGUGUUUCAGAGAGGGGACUUCUUCAGGCACAGCAGAAGAUCAGGGAGCUCUCUGUCACCAUCCGUAUGAAGGAGGAACUCAUCAAGGAGCUGGUCAAAACCGGUAAGGAUGCUCAGGCCCUGAACAAGCAGUACAGCCAUAAGAUCACAGCUCUGGAGCGUGAAGCUGUGCAGGCUCGACAGGAGCUGCAGGAGGCCCAACGGCAGCUGCAGGAUCUGGAGAAGCAAGAGAGGGAGAUCACUGCAUCGGACAAGACCAGAGCACAGGAAUGUCGCAGGAAGAUAGCUGCUGCUCAGAGCAAAGUCCAGGUUCUCAGUCAGCGUCAGAGGGACACCGCUCGUCUCGCUAACCUUCCUGCCCAGAGCGAGCGACGGGUGUUAGAGCUGGAGCGAAGUGUUCAGAGUAUGAGGCAGCAGCAGGAGCAGCUGCAGAAGAAGCUGCGCGAGGAGAGUCAGCAGAAACGACGUCUGGAGAGCGAGAUGCAAAGAAGAACCCACAGAGUCAAGGAGCUUGAGAUUAAAAAUGAGCAGCAGCAAAAGAUCCUCAAGAUAAAGACAGAGGAGGUCGCUGCCUUCCAGAGGCAAAGACGCAGCGGCAGUAACGGCUCUGUCAUUUCAUUGGAGGAACAACAGAAGAUUGAGGAACAAAAACGCUGGCUGGAUGAGGAAAUGGAGCGAGUACUGGACCAGAGGAAGGAACUGGAAGAUCUGGAAGGAGAGCUCACUAAACGAGAACAAAUCCUGGCCAAGAAGGAAGCCCUGCUGCAGGAACGCAGCGGACUGGAGACAAAGAGGCUUCGCUCCAGUCAGGCACUGAGUCAAAACCUGGUGACUCUGACGGGGCGCAUUGAGUCACUUGAACAAGAGUUGAGUGAGAGGAAUGGACUCCUUCGCAGCAGCAGUGCUCAAGACUCACAACAGAUUCGUCAGGAGAUCUCCAACCUGCGGCAAGAGAAAGAUUCCCUGCUGAAACAAAGAGUGGAGCUGGACGAUAAGCUUCGGCAGGGCAGCCUGCUCUCAUCUGAGGAGGAGCGAACACUUUUCCAGUUGGACGAAGCGAUCGAGGCUCUGGAUGCUGCCAUUGAGUACAAAAAUGAGGCCAUCACUCAGAGACAGAGACAACUGAGGGCCUCUGCCAGUAUGCUCUCUCAGUGGGAGAUGAACCUUAUGGCCAAACUCAGUUACUUGUCUGCUUCUGAGACCAGAGCGCUGCUAUGCAAGUACUUCGACAAGGUGGUGUCUCUGCGUGAGGAGGAGCGUAAGCUACAGCUCGCCCUGGCUGAGCUGGAGAUGCAGCUGGACGAGCAGCAGAAGCUGGUGCAGUGGUUGGACAACGCUCUCGAUCGCACCCAACUGGACACAGAUCGCCGGCUCACACAACAGCAGAAGGAACACGAGAGGAGUGUGCAGCUCUUACUGCAGCAGUGUCGAGACCAAAUAGACGAGGGCCUGGCUGGAAGGCAGCGGCAGUAUGAAGGGUGGAUCCAUAACCUCAGCAUGGAGCUGAACCACUACAAAGCAGCAAACCUGGAACUAAGCAACAAACUAAGGGAGCUCUGUGGUCCAGGCAGCCACUCAAAUACUAAAGCAGCGGGCGUUGGCAGCAUGGAGAAGCUGACACGCUUCCCUGAGGACAGCGUCGGAGGCAGGACCUCGGACCAGGCUUGCAGGUCCCGGGAGGAAAUGCGUGAGCUGGUGAACACUCCUCUCCCGUCCACGUGGAGACGCUCUUCGCUCCCCACAGAGGAACCUGCUGUCAUGGAGGAGCUCUGGCUCCAGGCAACUGGGGACGUUCAUGUUAACCGUGUAGUUCAAACUGGUGUGGGGUCCUGGGGCGGGCCUGCAUCCAUGCCUGUGGUGAAGUCUCGCCGAGAGUCCCGUCGCUCCAGUCUUAACAUUGGACCACUGACUUCCAACAAUGCCUUAAUUGAUGUGCGGAAGAAUCCUGUCUGAAAAUAACUACUGUGCCACUCAAAGUGGCAAUAGACAACUUUGAACCCCCUCCCCUCCCAGCGUUACCAAGUGGUAAUUUCUUGCCGCCCCUGUCCCUCAGAGCCUUCUAUUAACAGCACUGUUAUUGACUAAUUCACACUAUUAGGGAAAAACGCAAGGCUUAUGCUGAAAUAUAUGUUAUUAUAAUUCAUUCUCAAAGUGGCAGAGCAUUGUAUAAUGUCCACAGCUUUUCUGCCUACAGCAUGGGUCUUCCCUCCCUCUCUGUGAAGACAUAACCACAAAUCUUUAUGAUGCGCAAUGACGUCGCAACUGUUUUGUCAUUUUCUGGUGACUAUUGGAGCUAGUGCUGGCUACUUUCAUUUACAAAGAGCUGGCAACACUUCAUAGGACACACUGAAUUUUGUUUUCAACAGCUUUGUGCCGUAAACCAAGCCUCCAUUUUCCCAGGAGAUUUUAGCGGUUGACUUUCAGAAUUGCAUAAUGAAAGCGAGGCUUAUGAGGUACCUUAAUUUUAAUAAUGUCAUUAUUCUACAGCCAUUACAUUGUGCAAUCAACAUUAUCUUUAAAUCCUGAGUUAAAAACUUGUCUAUUGCCACUUUUGGGCCAUUCACAUAGAUAUUUGUUCUGUGGUUUCAGAAAUGUUUGUGCUUUAGUUUUUGUAUUUCGUGUUUUGUACUUGUAUAUACAAUUAUUUUUAAUAAGCAAGGACACCCACUAAUUUUUUAUAUAAAGCACUUUCAUUAAGGUAAAGUAUUUGUUUCCAUCUCAUACAUAUUUUGUAGGUAUGUUGUCCUACCAACCAUGAAAAAAGAGGAAGUAUUUGCAUCAUGAUAAACAUAGGAUGUGCUCUAAACAUGUAGUCUCGUGACCUUCUACAGUAUUUUAUAUUAAAAUGUGUUUCCGUAUUA